UUACAAACAUUCUCGGGCAGCAAGGGCUGGGGAAAGCAAGCAAGAAAGGGGAUUACCCAGCUGGCUCUGGAGUCAGCAGGCCCUGCUCUGUUUGUGUUGUGCUGCAUGGAGGGUGGGGGUGCAUUAUAAAUGCAGCCAGCCAGAGGGCCCCUGGCUCAAAACCUAGGACUCAAAACUUAGGACUGCACCAUCCCUGGGAGUCUGUGCAAGCCUCCCCAAGAUGAAGCUGCCAGGCCAGGAAGAGUUUGAAGUCUCCAGUGCUUGUGAAAAUGUGCCCACAGGAGAGCUGGAGAAUGGCCCUGGCUCUUGCCCCAGCCCUGACGGCACCUCAGACACAGACAGAGGGGAUCGGGGGGUACCCACGGACCCUCUGCUCUUCAUUCAGCUGAAUGAACUUCUGGGCUGGCCCCAGGCACUGGAGUGGAGAGAGACAGGCAGGUGGGUGCUGUUUGAGGAGAAGCUGGAGGUGGGUGCAGGCCGGUGGAGUGUCCCUCACGUGCCCACCCUGGCACUGCCCAGCCUUCAGAAGCUCCGCAGCCUACUGGCCGAGGGCCUUGUGCUGCUGGACUGUCCAGCUCAGAGCUUCCUGGAACUCGUGGAACAGGUGACAAGAGUGGAGUCGCUGAGCCCAGAGCUGAGAGGGCAGCUGCAGGCCUUACUGCUGCAGAGACCCCAGCAUCUCAUCCAGCCCACAGGCACCAGGCCCUGCCAGGGGUCUGCUCAUCCAAGAGAGGCUUCUCACAAUGAGGAAGCCCCGCUGAAGGAACAGCGUCAGAACCCUCUGAGACGGAAGCUGCCUCCGGGGGCUGAGGCAGGGGCUGUGCUGGCAGGAGAGUUGGGCUUCCUGGUACGGCCCCUGGGGGCCUUUGUACGACUGAGGGAUCCAGUGGUGUUGGGGCCCCUCACUGAGGUGCCCCUUCCCAGCAGGUUUUUCUGCCUCCUCCUUGGUCCCUCCACACUGGGAAGGGGCUAUCAUGAGAUGGGCCGGGCCAUGGCCGUCCUCCUCAGUGACCGGCAAUUCCAGUGGUCAGUUCGUCGGGCCAGCAGCCUUCAUGACCUUCUGGCAGCCUUGGAUGCCUUCCUAGAGGAGGUGACAGUGCUUCCUCCAGGUCGGUGGGACCCGACAGCCCGGAUCGCCCCACCCAAAUGUCUGCCUUCCCAGCACAAAAGGCUCCUCUCACAACUGAGGGAGGUCAAGGGCCCAUCUGCCCAGCAUGGGGCCCUGGCUGAGGACAGACAUGGUCACUGGCCACAGGCGCCCAGCCCAGAGUUACAGCGGACAGGCAGGCUGUUUGGGGGCCUUGUCCAGGAUGUGCGUCGGAAGGCCUUGUGGUACACCAGUGACUUCCUGGACGCGCUGCAUCCCCAGUGCUUCUCGGCUGUGCUCUACAUCUACCUGGCCACCAUCACUAACGCCAUCACUUUUGGGGGUCUGCUGGGGGAAGCCACCGAUGGUGCUCAGGGGGUGCUGGAAAGUUUUCUGGGCACUGCAGUGGCUGGAGCUGCUUUCUGCCUGAUGGCUGGCCAGCCCCUCACCAUCCUCAGCAGCACGGGGCCAGUGCUGGUCUUUGAACGCCUGCUCUUCUCCUUCAGCAGAGAUUACAGCUUGGACUACCUGCCUUUCCGCCUAUGGGUGGGCAUCUGGGUGGCCACCUUUUGUCUGACACUAGUGGCCACAGAGGCCAGCGUGCUGGUACGCUACUUUACCCGCUUCACCGAAGAAGGCUUCUGUGCCCUCAUCAGCCUCAUCUUCAUCUACGAUGCUGUGGGCAAAAUGCUGAGCUUGACCAGUGCCUAUCCCAUCCAGAGCCCUGGCUCUCCUGCCUACGGCUGCUUUUGCCAGUACCCAGACCUGGGAGGAAAUGAGUCUCAGUGGAAGAAGACAGAACCAAAAGACAGAGGUGACAUCUCAAGCAUGGACCUAGGCCUGGUCAAUGCCUCCUUGCUGCCCCCACCUGAGUGUGCCCGACGGGGAGGCCACCCUCGUGGUCCCGGCUGUCAUAUAGUCCCAGACAUCGCCUUCUUCUCUGUCCUCCUCUUCCUUACUUCUUUCCUCAUAGCCACGGCCCUCAAGCAUGUAAAGACAAGCCGCUUCUUCCCCUCUGUGGUGCGCAAAGUGCUCGGUGACUUCUCCUCAGUCCUGGCCAUGCUGCUGGGCUGUAGCCUCGAUUCCUUCCUGGGUCUAGCCACACCAAAGCUCAUGGUGCCCAGCGAGUUCAAGGCACUGGAAUGCUUUCAACCAGUUGUACAUGCACACGUACUGCUCCCACCUACCACCCAGGGUCUUGGAACUGGGCCCACACUCCCUGGGCGUGGAUGGCUGGUGUCACCUUUUGGAGCCAACCCCUGGUGGCUGAGUGUGGCAGCCGCCCUCCCUGCUCUGCUGCUGUCUAUCCUCAUCUUCAUGGACCAGCAGAUCACAGCGGUCAUCCUCAACCGUGCCGAAUAUAAACUGCGGAAGGGAGCUGGCUUCCACCUGGACCUCUUCUGUGUGGCUGUGCUGCUGCUGCUCACAUCAGUGCUUGGGCUGCCCUGGUAUGUCUCAGCCACAGUCAUCUCCCUGGCCCAUAUGGACAGUCUUCGGAGAGAGAGCACAGCUUGUGUCCUGGGGGAACCCCGCAGCUUCCUGGGCAUCAGGGAGCAGAGGCUGACAGGCCUGGUGGUGUUCAUCCUCACAGGAGCCUCCAUCUUCCUGGCACCUGUACUGAAGUUCAUCCCGAUGCCUGUGCUCUAUGGAAUCUUCCUGUACAUGGGAGUGGCAGCGAUUAGCAGCAUCCAGUUCACAAAGAGGGUACAGCUAUUAUUGAUGCCAGCAAAACACCAGCCAGACCUCCUCCUCUUGAGACAUGUGCCUCUGAGCAGGGUCCACCUCUUCACAGCUAUCCAGCUUGCCUGCCUGGGUCUGCUUUGGAUAAUCAAAUCUACUCCUGCAGCCAUCAUCUUCCCCCUCAUGUUGCUGGGCCUGGUGGGGGUCCGAAAGGCACUGGAGUGGGUCUUCUCACCACAGGAACUCCUUUGGCUGGACGAGCUGAUGCCAGAGAAGGAAAGGAACAUCCCUGAGAAGGGACUGGAGCCAGAGUACUCACUUAGUGGUGACACUGAAGAUUCAGAGCUGAUGUAUCAGCCAAGGGCUCCAGAAAUCAACAUCUCUGUGAAUUAGCUGGAGUAGGAGGAAUUUGGGAGUAGAGACUCCAGGAAACUGAGCAUGAGGUGUUUACUCAGGAAGUUAGGACAUUGUUGGUUUUUGGCUUAACAGCCAGAUGUUCAGUCGUCUGGGAACAAUGGGGCAGGACUGGAGGGCAGCUGGCCAAGACUUGUAUUGCCCUCUUGAGCAGGAGGUAGAGAGUGGCAGGGAACAAGCAGGUCUGCUGGUAAGCCCUGGUGACUGACUAGGCCCUAUUCACUCUCUAUCCCAUUAAAGGGACCUGGAAGCCCUUCCUAUUUUAAACUUUCUGCCCUUACAAAUUCUUCUUUACAGAAUUGGGGGUCUUCAGCAAACUUUCUUCAGUUUGCAAAAGGGGAAACAAACUUUCCAGAAAAAUUAUUUCUCUAUUUAAAAGUUUUCUAUACAUAAAAAAAAAAAACUUUACUGAUUUUUGACCACAAAAGUAAAUGAGGUUAUUGAAAAUAUCAAAACAUCAAAGACACAUAUAAUUUUGAAAUGAAAACCAUGCCAGUGAUAACCAGUGUUCACAUUUUAGUGUAUAUUGUUCAGAUUUAUUUCAAGGGACACGUUAAUAUUUUUAUUAAAAUGGGAUUAUACUCUUGAGUUCUA